UUCUCUCUGUUUUUCUCAAGCUGGUUACUAACAAAAGUGACAUACGUAUUAGUUCUUGUCAAGCGUUAUGUGUUACAUAUACUCACCUUCCCCAUUAUCCCCCUGUGCUAAUGUCUGAAACAACGUGUUUUUAUUACUGCAAUAUUAAAGAUAAAACAUUAAAAAUGUGUAUAAUGAUCAUUUGAAAGAAGAUAAAUGCAAAAGUGGCUUUAUGCUAGGCUACAGAUGGUAAAGAUCCACAACGCAGCUGCAAAACAACCCAAAAAUAUCUGAAGACAAAUAGAUUGCUCUUAAGUGGCUGAGUCAAUAACCUGAUCACAAGCAUGUUAUUCAUUUACUGAAGACAGAACAGAAGGCAGAAAGACUCACAAAGGAGCAACAAGUGAAUGCAACUGCAGCAAAGGCCUGGCAGAGCAUCUGAAGAGAGGAAACACAGUAGACAGCCUGAGUAAUUCUAGUAAAGCUCUUAUGAAGUUCCUAUGAUCCUGAAAUGCAGAAAAAGCUGGUUAUCUAAUCAUGUCAGCCUCUCAGUUCACAGCUAAUGCAACUGUAAGAUUUUAGUCUUACACCACCCCUUCACCUCCACGCUUUAUUUUUCAUAAUCACUCAAUCCAAAAAGGCAAAUAAAUGAAACAUAAACCAAAACAGUGUCUUAUGGACAACGACACAAUGUGCACAUUGUUAAACAAAAAAUGAUUAAAAAAACGCAGCUCCCGAUUGCUACCUCUGCUCUAACUCUGCUUUCACCACAACAAAGCAGCAUCAGACUGUCACGCACAUGCACAGGGGAUGGGGUUUCUCGGUACUGCUCUCAGUUAAACGGCAAGAGAUAACGUGUUUCUUGAAACUGCGGCUUAGAUGACCUGAUUUUAAGUCUCUUUUUUUUUUCUUUACAGGAAGCAGUGUGUACAGUAUCUAGAGUACAAAAUCAGUAAAGAAGAAAAAAAAGAGGAGAUGUUCAUUUUGAGAACAAAACAUCAAAUGCAAACUUGCAAAUGUCUCUUCUUGUGAGCAUUUUAACAUCAGGAAGGAGUUUCAAGUAUGUAUGAAGAACACAGACACCUGACAUGGAUGUUAAUGUUGCUGUUUCUGACAGGUGUUCUCUGCAAUAUGUGGAAAGUGAAGCAUCAGCAGCGUCUUAUUUGUGCAGUCAAAGGCUCCUCAGUCAUUUUUCUUUGUUCAUUUCAAAAUCCUGACAACCAAACAGUGAGGAGGGUCCUGUGGGGUCACCUACAGCCUGCGACUUUAAAGGCUCGCUUAAUUUCUAGCAGUUUACGAACUCUUUUCACAAGAUUCCAGUACAUCGGAAACACAUAUCACAAUUGCUCUUUGAAAAUACACCAGGUGGAGUGUAGUGAUGUAGGGAGAUACUUUGUCAGAUUUAACACCAUGUCUAAUAGACCUCAUGAAGAAAAUGCCCCAGUACUGAAGGUUGUUGGUAAGUUUUUGUUGCUGCUGUUGUUGUUCUUUAAAUAAAUAAAAAGCUUUUAACAGUUAAGAUUAAAGUGUCGCUUUGCUUUUUCAGAUUUGACUAUUUUUAUGUCAAAACCUUCUGUAAAGGAAGCAAUAAGGGAAGGCGACUCUGUAAAUCUCACCUGCAUGAACAGUUGUGAUGGUGGUAAGAUUUCAUCUGCGUACACCUGGUUUAAGAAUGGAGAGCCAUUACACGAAGGAGCAGCUCUUUAUUUAAGAAACGUGUCCCCCACAACCUCUGGAAACUACACUUGUUCUCUAAAAACACACUUAGGAUCAACUUCAAGAGUCCUGGGUAUAGAUGUUGAAUGUGAGUACAAGACACAAGAUCAGUACUUUAAGGUAAAAAGGAAUAAUUAAUGAUGCUGAAAUAGUAAUGAGUAAUGAUCUCCUACAUUCUGCCUUUUAGCAUCUUAAAUCUCUGAACUGUUUAUAGCAUUGAGUAACCUGAUAAUGGGAAAUGUCUAAGAAUUAUUAGUGAGAAGUAGAUCAGUGAAUUACACUAUUUAUACUGUUAUAUACUCAUUGAGCUAUUACGUCACAGAAAUGCACGGGGGCUUUUAAUGACUGUCUAAUUGGCAUGAUAUUUCUGCUCAAGCUUCUGGGACUUAUUUUAAGAAUAACACAUACGCAAACUAGCUUUAAUGUGCACACUAAAAUACAUUAAUUCUGAUGCAAAUAUUCUCAUGCAAUAUUUAUUUAGUCUUAAUUAAAACUUCAGUCUUUUCUUAUUAUAAGCUAAACUGCUAUUGUUACCUACACAUAACAGAUCUAAGCUGGAUGUGAACCCCGGUCUCUAGCGUGAGAGCCGCGAGCUUUAUAUGCUGCCAUCAGUUCUAGUCACCUACCGCUGACUCAUAGGGAGUUGAGUAAUGUGCAAUUACGUCCAAGGAUAAUUUCUGGAUAAUUACACAGUUUUUGUGACUUUGUCACUGCACACCAGCACAGUGGGUUUUAAAUUAAACAGGCAAGAUGUGAUCACAGUCCAGAUAUUCAGCUUUAAAUUAAGGAUCUGGAGCUUAGUGUACUCCUAGUGCUUGGAUAAUUGGGAAGGUUGCUUCUUAUGCGGUCCUUUGCAUAUUUCUAAAUUUUCACACUGAUAACUGACAACGAUAACGCACAAAUAAUAAAAUUAAUUUUCAGAUGGCCCUAGGAACACCACAGUGCUUGUCCAACCACCUUUGGGGGCAGACCCUGGCAGCGACUUUACCCUGAUUUGCAGCAGUCAUGCAAACCCCCCCCCGUGGAGAAUUAUACGUGGUUCAGAAUAGCUGCAGGUGAUUCUGUAAAUGUUGGACAUCAGCCAGUGUUCCACCCUAGGGACAGUGACCAGUAUUUAUGCAGUGUCACCAACAAACACGGAAGUCAAAACUCUUCUGUUGUCACUUUAAACAUUAAAAAAAACUGGCCAAUGUUUUGGGGAUACAUACUUGUCAUUGUAACAGUUGCUGUAGUUCUGAUUGUGACCACUUUUAUUGCUGUUAGAAGACUUAACAAAAAGCAAAUGAGGUCACCGGUGGAAAGUGGUGAGAAAGAAUCGCAGAACACAGGUCGUGUCAGCAGGCUCUCAAUGUGUGAUGAUAACCAACCACAACAUCAGGAUCAGAGUGAAGGAGAAACCACUGAAAUCGUCUACGCGGCUGUUUACUUCCACAACAAAAGAAAGCCAAACACGGAGCAGCAGAAGAACACCCAAAGUGAAGAUGUCAUUUACAGCACAGUGUGCAGACCAGUUUGUGCAGCUUUGAACCACCCACAGAACCGACAGGAGGCAGCUGGCCCAAUGUAUGCCUCGCCUAAAAGAAAGCAGCCUCCAUAUACUGAAGAGGGAGCCUGUUUGUUAAAGGGGUCAAAGUUCUAGUGACUUCACACUGGGUGAACUUGUGAGGAGAGGAACAGUGACCUGCCCACUCUCCCAUACUGCCCAUUCAUGUCCCAAGAUUUGAUGUUGGGGUUCGAGAUCUUCUGCUUGAUUCCAGCUCCAGGUUGAAUUCUUUGUCAUUCUAUAUUAUUUAUUAUUUUAGUAUGUUGUGAGUACUGUAUUUUAUUUAUGCAUUCCCCCCAUUUUUCACUAUUGUUAAUGCUCUGCAUUCUCCUGUGUUAGCAUUAACUUCGGUGUUUGUCUUGUUUGUUCUCUUUUCUGUUUUACUGGUUUUACUGCUUCCUAUCUAUCCUCACCUGAUUUCCUGUUGUGUAAUCCCUAAUCAGCCCUUGGUGUGUAUGUAUAUUCCUUUGCUGUGUUGUGUCGGUCUUGUUCAGUUACGUUCCUGAUGGUACGCUGUACUGUUCUAGUCUCCUUUGUGCCUUUUGGAUGUUGCUAUUUGGAGUUCCUUUUUAAACCAUUUUGUAUUGGAUUUAUUUCCUCCAUUAAAGCUCAUUUUCUGUUGAACAUUAUGUCUCCUGCGAUUGGGUCUUCAAUUACUCAAACAACACAAUUUUAGAUCUGAGGUAGCAGGUCACAGGGGGAAUUUAGAAAGAAGAAGAAGGAGGUGUUUUCACAUUACUGUAAUGAACUCCAGUGGAUAAUAGUAAUCAGAGGCAGUACUAUACUGUCAAUAUUCCAUUAGUAUGUGAUGUAUAAUGCAAAGAAAAAGAAAACAGACAAAUGAAGUAGGAAAGAAAAGUAAAGAGCAGUGUGUGAAUGCUUUUUUAAAAGAACUACAAAUUGUUCUUGUCUAUGAUUCGACUUAAAGAGACAACAGUGACAAAUUCUCAGAAGUUCUUAAACUUCAAGAACUCCGCCACUCACCUCGCUAUCAAUUAUAGAAAUUCUCUGCAGUUCAGAUCGGUUUGUCACUGUGGACAUGAUCAGUCAGUGCGUUCAUCUAUCAGUGGACUGACCUCCUUACCCAGGGUAGGAGGCAGGGUCAGAACCUAAUGUGACCCAUGUGGCCUAUGGAUUGUGGUAGGAAGUCAGAAAGACCCACACAGACACAGGGAGAACAUAGAAACUCCACACAGAAAAGCCUCAGUGUGGAUUUAAAACACAGAUCUGUGCACCAUGCCACUGCUUGCCUUUACAAGUCAUGCAUUAUAAGAUAAUGUGAAUAAAACACUGUAAUGGCACAUUGCAUGCAUCAACAUCAAACCUAGCAGUAAUGGCUGUGCACGUGAGUCGUUUCCCAUUUUUCCCACAGAGGGGUUCAUAUUAUAAAUUUGCUGUGAAAUCUGUUCAUUGUUGUGUGAUAUGAGUGUUAGCUGUUAAUCAGUGGUGGGCAGUAAAACGUCUGGUGACAUGCAUGAGAUUCAAGAGAAUGAAUCGUUAUGUUCCAGCAACAUUUGGUUAGAAAAGAAGAUCAGAGAAAACAAAACAAACAUACCACAGCGCCUCUGAUGCUGCUACAUGGUUUCAUAUGCUCUCUUCUAAACCUUAGAUGUUGACUGCAUCUGUGGUUUGCAUGACCAGAUGGCACCUACCAUGUAGAAAGUAGCGCAUAGCAGACAAAGAAGAUAAAGAACAAAGUCACUUUUUCUCUGUCCGUUCGUGAUAACUUUAAGUGAUUCUAAACUUUAUGCUUGUGUAACUUAAAAAAGCUCCAACAUGUGCACUGAACACAUCACCCUAAAAUUGACACUAACACUGUUCUUUGGAGGUGUUCUCUGCAGUAAGUGGAAGGUAAACUAUCAACAGCCUUAUAUGUGUGCAGUGAAAGGAUCAUCUGUUGUCAUUCUUUGUUCAUUUUCCUAUCCUGACAAUCACAUAGUACAGGAAGUCAUGUGGGGACACAAAAAUAUUUUUGCAGGUCCGUUCAUUUAUCACAGUGGCUCAAAUAAUAGCUCUUCGCGAUUUCAGUAUGUUGGUAACAAACGGAAUAACUGUUCACUGCAAAUACACCAAGUGGAGCACAGUGAUGAAGGAAAAUAUGCCUUUAGAUUUAUAACCAACUCCACAAAUGGCCAAUGGACUGGAAAAAGUGGGUCAACACUAAAAAUCGUUGAUUUUAACAUUUCCAUGACAAAACUCAAAAGACACGAAUCAAUCCAGGAAGGCGACUCUGUGAAUCUUACUUGCACAGACAGAUGUGAUGUUGGCAACUUCUCAUCUGUCUUCACCUGGUGUAGGAAUGGAGAAUACCUGCAGGAUGGACGAGUGCUGCAAUUAAGAAAUGUUUCCUUCACAAACUCUGGAAACUACACUUGUUCUCUAAAAACAGGCACAGGAACAACUUCAGGAGUCCGACAUGUUGAUGUUGAAUAUGGCCCCAGGAACACAUCAGUUUCUGUCACACCAUCAACAGAGACCCUGAUCUGCCACAGCCGUGCAAAUCCAGCAGUGGAGAACUAUACCUGGUUUAAAAUAUAUAAUGAUCACAUUUCAGCUGCAGGACACCAACAUGAACUACAUUUGAAGAAGGAUUUUCAGGGUGAUCACAACUAUUUCUGCAUGGCUACAAACAAAUACGGGAGUCACAACUCCUCUACAGUGCUGUUAAGGGGCAAAGUGUACUGGUGGACAGGCACCAGAGAUCAGAUUGCUAUCUGUACUUCUAUUGCUGCACUCCUCAUCGUGGUCACUGUUGUUGCCAUCAGAAGACAAUGCGCAAAAAGGACAGAGUCACAAGAAAAUGAAAAUGAGAAUACGGACUACUGCAACUAUCCCGUGGUUGACAUGAGCCAGUCACAAGAGGAACAAGUCAUGCACUCAACGAUCGUUUUUAGAAGCAAAACAAAAGCAUGCGUGGAGCAAAAGAUGGACUCAACUAAUGAUGAUGAUUGUACCAUUUACAGCACACUGUACAGCCAUCACCCAGUGCCUGCAGGAGCCUGCAUGUAGACUUCAAAUGUCAGCGGAACAAACCUGCUGUGUUGAGGGCCACUUAUUCUGAUGUAUGAAAGGAUCUGCUGCUCCAGUGCUACUUUCAUGAGUGUUUUGCUGUUAAACAAAUAAAUAAAUCUGUCAAAUGUGACAGAUUGCAGAAUUCCAUUCAGUUUGGAAUGUUUUUUAUGAAGUUUCCUAAAAGAUUUAAAGCCAGCCUUUUUUACCUGUCCUUUCCCUAACAGUCUCAAACUUUUACACAUUAUGGGCACAUUUCCAGGAGUUUGUAACUGCAGCAUGCUUAUUUCCUCCUGCUGGUCACAGAGCAUGUCUAUUGAGCAGUUUGUCCUUGCCUAAAGGCAAUAGGAAAGUACAAUGUAAUGACAAA